AUGAAGGGCAAGGAGGAGAAGGAGGGUGGCGCGCGGCUAGGCGCCGGCGGCGGCAGCCCCGAAAAGAGCCCGAGUGCGCAGGAGCUCAAGGAGCAGGGCAACCGGCUUUUCGUGGGCCGCAAGUAUCCGGAGGCGGCGGCCUGCUACGGCCGCGCCAUCACCCGGAACCCUUUGGUAGCAGUGUACUACACCAAUCGGGCCCUGUGCUACUUGAAGAUGCAGCAGCCUGAACAGGCGCUGGCUGACUGCCGGCGUGCCCUGGAGCUGGACGGGCAGUCUGUGAAGGCGCACUUCUUCUUGGGGCAGUGCCAGCUGGAGAUGGAGAGCUAUGAUGAGGCUAUCGCCAAUCUGCAGCGAGCCUACAGCCUGGCCAAGGAGCAGCGGCUCAACUUUGGGGAUGACAUCCCUAGCGCUCUGCGCAUUGCUAAGAAGAAGCGCUGGAACAGCAUCGAGGAGCGGCGCAUUCACCAGGAGAGCGAGCUGCACUCCUACCUCACUAGGCUCAUCGCAGCUGAGCGUGAGAGGGAGCUGGAAGAGUGUCAGAGGAACCAUGAGGGUGAAGAGGAUGAUGGCCACAUCCGGGCCCAGCAGGCCUGCAUCGAGGCCAAGCACGACAAAUACAUGGCAGACAUGGACGAGCUUUUCUCUCAGGUGGACGAGAAAAGAAAGAAGCGAGAUAUCCCUGAUUACCUGUGUGGCAAGAUCAGCUUUGAGCUGAUGCGGGAACCCUGUAUCACGCCAAGCGGUAUCACCUAUGACCGCAAGGACAUUGAGGAGCACUUACAGCGUGUGGGCCACUUUGACCCUGUGACCCGGAGCCCCCUGACCCAGGAACAGCUCAUCCCCAACCUGGCUAUGAAGGAAGUCAUCGACGCGUUCAUCUCUGAGAACGGUUGGGUAGAGGACUACUGAGACCUCGUGCCCUGCCUUGCCUGGCUCCCUGGCCCAGAAGCAUUCUGGGACGAGAGCCCUAGUCCUUGUACAUAGUUUGUGUCCUUAGGCCUGCCUCAUCAGUUCUGCUGGCGGGCUCUGGACUGCUCCUCCUCUCAGCAUAGCCCUUGCUGGGCAGUGAGCCUCCCAUCCUCCUUCUGGGCUGGAAAAGCAGGUGAGGGUGGGUUGGGUUAGGCUACUGCUGCUGCCACUGUCCUGUAAUAAAAUCUGUGAGCACUAUGUGGG